AUGUCGGCCAGAAAUACCGCAUUGGCGGACAGCCCUACGGUACUACGCUCUCCUACGGGCGUAACUGUCACUGCGGCGUCCAAACGCGGGGGAAGCCGCAUCCCUUUGAGAACACCACCGCCCAAGGAAGCAUCUUCUAAGGCAUCUCGCCAGUCUCGUCGCGAGCAGAUCUACAAUACGAUACGUUCAUAUAAUGCUGACCACACUAAUAAUUCCUGCUCGAGCGCGCCUCAGAGCACAUCCCCCACAGACCCGACCGAACCCACCGAGACGGCCAGCUCACAACCGGCUGGGACGGUAACACCACCAGAGACAGGGCCGGCCACCCCGUCGCCUCAGCCGAGAGCCGCGCCGGUACCACCUGCAAGUUCCCCCCCGGCGGCGAGCCCAGCCGUACCCUUGAAGUCCGCAGGACUGCUGAGCUCUGAUAGAGCGAAGCAGCACUGGGACGUACUCAAGGGUUUCAAGCUGCUUCCGAGAUCGGAACCGGAGAUCACAUUGGAGGCGAUUGCUGGCGCACUUAGGAUACUUGGUACGGGGCAGAUCAAGAAGAGCGAGAUGAUGUCGGCGGCGGCGUCAGCUGGCGAGCUGGUCACUCUCAUCCUCUCGGACCAGAGGCUCGACCUCAUUGCAUACACGGACAAGAUCGGCCAACACAUCGACGACAAGCUCGAAGAAGGCUUCACACGCCUAACAACUAGCAUCGUCGAAAACCCCCCGCAGUGCACGCACGCCCACCCGACCACACCCGCGACGAACUCGGAGGAGCCCAUGGACGCCCAGGCCUUCUUCGACGCUGUCGUCGCCGGUCUACCCACUCCACCGGGUUCUGACCGCGACUUUCAGGCUCGCAAGGCUGAGGCUAUACUAGCCCGCCAAGUGCUAUUCACCCACUGUGGCGGCGACCUGCCCGAAGGAAAGGUCGGGGUGCCGCCCAACAUCGCGAAUGCAGCGCUAGCCGAUCAUUUCCGCGAUGCAAUCAAGAAAGGCGACAUAGAGAAGGAUGCAGGGUGCAACAUAGGCAUACAGACGGUUAGAAGGGUUGGGAUGGACGUUGUCGUUCUUUACCGCGCUUAUCGAGGAAUCAACCCCAAUAAACACAGAGGUCAGGCUUCACGGGUUUUCCUGCUUUCCCAGUGA